AUGUCUAAGAACUCGGAGUUCAUCAACCUGUCAUUUCUAUUAGAUCAUGAGAAGGAGAUGAUCCUGGGAGUCCUAAAGAGAGAUGAAUAUUUGAAAAAAGUAGAGGACAAGAGAAUAAGGAAGCUGAAAAGUGAACUUUUGGAAGCAAAACGUAGAAGUGGGAAGACUCAACAAGAGACCGGCAGGGUCUGUGCUCACUGUCAGAGAAACCUGGGCUUGAUAUUCGACCGCGGAGACCCGUGCCAGGCCUGCUCACUCAGAGUGUGCAGCCAGUGCCGGGUCUCAGGCCUUGAUGGAAGCUGGCGCUGCACCGUCUGUGCCAAAGUCGCGCAGCUAAGGAUUGUAACUGGUGAAUGGUUUUUUGAAGAAAAGGCAAAGCGUUUCAAGCACGUCAGUGUUCUGGGCACUGAUGUUGUCCGACAGUCCAUCUUAAGAAGUCCAGGAGCUGAAGAAAUACAAAGCCAAGAACAAACCCACCAGAACGCAGAAAAGUCAGACGCUUCGCUUUCUGCUGGGCGGAGGGCCAGCCACGAUGGGCCCAGGAAAAAGGGAUUUCUUCUUAGCAAGUUCAGAUCAGCAACCAGAGGAGAAAUUGUAACUUCAAAAACUGAAAGUGGGCGGAGCUACAGCUUGGACUUAGACAGCCAAAAUUUUCGGAGUUUAAAGUCAGCCCCCGGUUCAGACAGGGGAAGCACUGGUUCAUCAGGUUCCAACGAGCAGGAAGCUGGUCCUGGAACUCCAAAGAGCAUCCGGAGCAGUGGUGUGACCCCAGUCACUCAGAGGUCACCGGCGCCAAGCACACGCAGCGUGACCUCAGUCAGCAGUCGAGAACACGGUUUUGAAAAUUCCAUGGAUUUGGCUGCCACUGAAAGCACCUCUGAGGAUCACACGAAGAGUCAUCACCGAAAAACUUCCGGCGCACCUUCCAUAGCAGUGUCCACGGCCUCCCUCUCCUCAGACCGGAGUCGAUCUGAGUUAGAUUUGAAUGGGUCAUUUACAGAAGACUUAGAGGAUACUGUAAGCCUAAGAAGCAAGUCUGUCCCUGGGGCUUCAGACAAAGACUUGGACUACUUGGAAGAGACAGAAGAAGGCAUUGAUGACUUAGCGUCCUCUCGGUUUUCUGCAAACACCCACAGUCUAGCAAGUGGCCUGUCAGCCAAUUCUCAAGCAGGCUCUGACAGGAAGUGGACCUACCUAAGUGUGCCUGACGCUGACUCAGACACUACCAGCCUGAACAGCAUGAUGAGUGUUUACAGUGAAACAGGAGACUAUGGCAACGUGAAGGUCAGCGGGGAAAUCCUUCUCCACAUCAGCUACUGCUACAAAACUGGCGGGCUCUACAUUUUUGUCAAGAAUUGCAGAAAUCUGGCCAUAGGAGAUGAAAAGAAACAGAGGACAGAUGCUUAUGUCAAGUCAUACCUUCUUCCUGACAAGUCUAGAAAUAAUAAGCGCAAGACCAGAAUCAGAACAGGCACCAAUCCAGAAUUCAAUGAAACACUAAAGUAUACCAUCAGCCAUGCCCAGCUGGAAACGAGAACUCUGCAGCUCUCAGUCUGGCAUUACGAUCGAUUUGGACGAAACAGCUUCCUCGGGGAGGUGGAGAUUCCUUUUGACUCAUGGAACUUCGAAAAUCCAAGUGAUGAGUGGUUUGUGCUUCAGCCCAAGGUGGAAUUUGCUGAGGAUAUCGGCCUUCAGUACAAAGGAGAGCUGACAGUCAUUUUACGUUACAUACCCCCAGAGGAGAACCUGACACCUCCACUAGGACAGCUUCAAGGAAAGAAGCCCUUUAAACGAGGAAAGAAGAAGGAUUCUCCUGUCAUCUCUGGAGGAAUCCUAGAAGUGUUCAUCAAAGAGGCGAAGAAUUUGACAGCCGUGAAAUCAGGAGGCACUUCUGAUAGCUUUGUGAAGGGCUACCUGCUCCCUGAUGAUAGCAAAGCCACCAAGCACAAAACUCUGGUAAUAAAAAAGAGUGUCAACCCUCAGUGGAAUCAUACUUUCGUGUUCACUGGCCUGCAUCCCCAGGAUAUAAAGAACGUUUGCCUAGAACUUACCGUCUGGGACAAGGAGGCCUUUUCCAGCAACAUCUUUCUGGGAGGAGUUCGUUUGAAUUCUGGAAGCGGUGUGAGCCAUGGGAAGACGGUGGAUUGGAUGGACUCUCGGGGGGAAGAGCAACGCCUCUGGCAGAAGAUGGUAGACAAUCCUGGGGCUCUGGUAGAGGGCGUGCUCAUGCUCCGUGCCAGCAUGGGGAAGAGUAAGCUCUGAAGAAGCCAGCCACCUUGUUAUGAGAACACUCAUGCAACUCUGUGAAGAGGCCCACUUGGGGAAUAACAGAGAUCUCCUCCAACAACCACUGCCAACUUGCCAGUCAUGUGAGUGAGCUGCCAUGGAAGUGGAUCCUCCAGCCCCAAUCAAACCUUCAGAUGACUAUAGCCCUGGACAACAUCUGACUGCAACCCCAUGAGAGACUACAAGCCAGGAUUAUUUAGCUAAGCUGCUCCCAAAUCCAUGACCCAGAGAUAUUGUGAGAGAUAAUAAAUGUUUAUUGUUAUGUUGUUACUAAGCUUUGGGGUAAUUUUUAAUGCAUAAGUAGAUGCAUAAUAUAGUUACCAGCAUGUUGGACAUUAAUCUUUCCUUCAAUGUGCUUUGGAUGAUCUCAUUGCCUUUUUUUAUUCCCCACCCCAUUCAUCUAAGUUCAAGCCCAAGAGCUGACGGCUUGUAGAGGUGAAAUCUGCAGUUCUCUGGGAAUGGCCUGGACUCUUCCACCUUCUGGCUUAGCCUUCACUAAGCCUUCUGAUAAUGGUCAAGCAGUUCCUCUUAGACCAACCUCCCACAGACAACUGUAUGUGGACAAAAUAUAAAAGAAAACAACUACCUGAAGGUACUGAAGAGCGACCAAAAAACAGGCAGAUACCAGAGGGCGGUCAUCACUUGGAAGGGGGUACGUACGCUAGGUGAAUCAUCAGGGUUUGCUGGGUUUUGUGUAAGGGCAGGUUGCUAUAUGCACCAUGCUGGGGUUGGGGAGGAGGCUUAAAUGAAGAUAGUCUUAGUGGUUUGAAGAACCAGAGGAAAGGGUAGGAGCAACCAUAGCAACUGAAAAGUCAGAGGGGAAAUCCCAGAAAGGAGAUAACCAGAAAUGGGCAGCAGAGAAGGGGAGCUCCAGAUUCUGUAUAUAAACUACCUAAAUUUCUCACUGGUCACUAUACCACUCAGGUGCAGGCCGGGAGUAAGGGGCAGGUUCCAAGUAGCCCAGGGAAGUUUAAAAGAACUGAACUGAGAUUCCAGCUGCUGUCUACCAAAACAGAGCUUGAGUUCCGCCAAUUUAAUUGCCUGCUGCUUCAUUACACACACAUACACACACGCAUGCACAUGUAAAAGUGCUGCGGGACCAAGCAGAACUGAGGAUUGUUUGUUCUUAUGGGGUCCAAAAGACACAUAGAAAAGUCCUGUAAGAUUUGCAGUGAAAAACCAGUCCUCUAGAAGAGAGCCUAUUAAUCUUUGAAAUGGCCCCAAAUUUUGGUGUAGGUUAUGUAUGU